AUGCAGCAUUCGGGCACGUCGUCCGAUGAGAACAUAGCUAUCCGGUCGAACCUCUCGAGAAAGCGAAAGAAUCACGACCGCAAGCCACAGGACAAAGUGAGCUCAAAACCAUCAUCAACAUCAACGGAGUCGCUAUUCACCCCCAGUCCGACAAUCAACGCCACAACCACAAGCCGACCGACCGACCGACGGUAUCCCUCGCCGCCAGCUACAAAACGCUUGAAGACAAUACACCCGUCCAACCUUGGCCAAUCGGCAGACAUGAGCAAGGUUAUGAGCAGACCAGCCCAGCCCAAGGUCAUUGACCUGACAGGUAGUCCCUCGAAUUUCCAACCGCAUGUCGGCGUCAAAAAAUUGGUUAUCAAGAACCUGCGACCGUCGUCGCGGAAGGAUAUCGAUAGCUAUUACGAGAGAACCUGGUCUGAGCUCGAUGGUGCUAUUACAGCGGUUUUCAACGGAUCACAGCCCGCCCCACCGUUAGAAGUAUUGUGUCGUGGUGUUGAAGCAACAUGCCGUCGCGGCCAGGCAGAAAAACUCGCCAACUACCUGAGGGACCGCUGCAAAGCCUACAUUGAGAAACAGCUAUUACCGACAAUCGAGAGCCAGGCACGACCGACCAAUAUAGACGCACUAAGGACUAUAUAUCGAUUCUGGACAGUGUGGAAUGAUCAAUCGACUCUCCUUCGCUCCAUCUUCAGCUACCUUGACCGGUCUUAUCUGUUGAGCAAGAAGGAUGCCCUGCAAUUAGAAGAUCAAGGAAUUCACCAGUUCCGACAUGCGAUCUUUACAAAAGCCAAAAUAAUAGUUGAUGGGCAUUCUUUGGGUGGAAGAGUAGUUUUAGGUGUCUGUGACCUCGUUGAUUGUGACCGUAUAGGCCAAGAGGAUCUUUUCGAUGCAAAUCUUCUAAAAGAUUCCGUUUUAAUGUUACACGUUUUCGGUAUCUUCGGAAAGUCGUUCGAGCCAAGAUUUCUUGACUCUUCGAAGACAUACUUCGAGAGUUUUGUUCAAGAGCACAGUAACUCGAGCAUGAAGGAUUAUAUAUCGGCUUGUGACAGGUUGCUGGUCCGGGAGGCUCAUCGUUGCGACAAAUACAAUUUCGACAGCACAACUAAACGCAGUCUGCUCAAUUCAGCCCACCGCAUCCUUAUUGAGGAAUGCUCUGAUGUACUCCUCGAUCCCACGGGCUUCGCUAAGCUCGUCGAUACUGACGAUAUCGGCUCAUUAAAAUCACUUUACAGCCUGCUUAGUCUUUCAAACAUACAACACAAGCUCAAGAAGCCUUUUGAAGCCCACAUCAGGCAUGUAGGCGCUUCCGUUGUUAGUGAUAAUGAAAAGGUUGACCAAAUGGUGGUGCGCCUACUUGAAUUCAAGAGAACACUAGAUGUUAUCAUACGGGAUGCAUUCGCUAGAGACGAAACCUUUUCGUACGGCCUCCGAGAAGCAUUUGGCCACUUUAUUAAUGAUAAAACGAAUACUUUAGCAUGGGGCACCAAUAACUCCAAAGUUGGAGAGAUGAUCGCAAAAUAUAUAGACAUGCUGCUCCGUGGAGGUUUGAAAGCAGUCCCACGCUCUCUGGCGUCAGAUGCUAACGACCGUGAUUAUGCUGAGAAGCAGGGCCAGGCAAGCGCUGGGGAUGAAGACGCCGAACUUGAUCGGCAGUUGGAACAGGCUCUGGAACUGUUCCGCUUCAUUGAAGGGAAGGAUGUCUUUGAGGCUUUCUACAAGAAGGAUCUUGCCAGGCGACUUCUGAUGGCUCGGAGUGCAAGCCAAGAUGCCGAAAGGAAUAUGCUCGCUAAGUUGAAGAGCGAAUGCGGAUUUAGCUUCACCCACAACCUGGAGCAGAUGUUUAAAGACCAAGAGCUUGCCAGGGACGAAAUGAUUGCGUAUAAGCAGUCAGUUAGCAACGCCGGCAAACCAACUCUAGAUCUUCAAGUCAGCGUCCUCUCCGCAGCUGCAUGGCCUACCUAUCCGGAUGUAAAGGUUAAUCUUCCUUCAGAAGUUGCCAAGCAUAUCGAAAAGUACGAUCUCCACUACCGCAAUAAGCACACUGGCCGGCGCUUAACAUGGAAGCAUGCCCUCGCUCAUAGUGUUGUUAAAGCGCGGUUUGGCACACAAACAAAAGAACUCUUGGUUUCUGCAUUUCAAGCCAUUGUACUCGUUCUUUUCAAUGACAUUGGACCGGGAGAACAUCUUUCAUACAUUGAUAUCCAGUCUGCUACUGGGCUGAUAGAUGCUGAACUCCAACGUACGCUUCAGUCUCUAGCAUGCGCCAAAUUUCGCAUUCUCACAAAACAUCCUAAAGGGCGAGAGGUGGAUCCAACCAAUACAUUUACCCUUAAUACAAAAUUCACAGAUCCGAAGUACCGAAUCAAGAUCAACCAAAUCCAGCUCAAGGAGACCAAUGAGGAGAACAAAGAAACUCAUGAAAAGAUCCACCAAGACAGGCAAUAUGAGACUCAAGCUGCAAUUGUGCGGAUCAUGAAGAGUAGGAGAACCAUGACGCAUCCGAAUCUUGUUGCAGAGGUUAUUGCCCAGACAAAGGCCAGAGGCGCGGUUGAGCCGAACGAGAUCAAGAAGAAUAUCGAGAAGCUAAUUGAAAAGGAUUACAUCGAACGAGAAGACUCUAAGUAUCUUUACAUAGCGUAG